UGACGCCAGUGGGGUAUCUCGUAGUCGCGAUAGCACACAAUAAUCCCGCCAUCUGCCGUUGAGACCACACAUCCCAGCUAACAAUGGAGCUGAAACCAUGCUGGCUGAGGCGAUUAUCCCGGUUUAUGGAACAAUUGUUGCAUCGAGUACAUAAUGGCUUCUGUGCCGACAUAAUGGCCGAGGGCUGUCACGAUGAGAUACUUAAGAGCUGUUCCGCCUUCGUGCCUGAGAAACUGUACACCUCGUUAUACCUCUUUUACGACCUUGAAAUCUUAUACGUCUUUCAGAAUGUCUUCAGGCAAGACCGUUACGUUGAACACUGGCCACAAGAUCCCUCAGUUGGGAUAUGGUACCUGGCAGGCCGGCCCUGGUGAGGUUGGCAAUGGUGUCUACGAGGCUCUGAAGAUCGGAUACCGACACCUUGACCUCGCAAAGAUCUACGAGAACCAAAAAGAGGUCGCCGAAGGCAUCAAGCGCGCCUUUGCCGACGUCCCUGGGCUGAAGCGUGAGGACAUCUUCAUCACGUCGAAGCUGUGGAACACGCAGCACGACCCCGCGCACGUUGAAGCCGCGCUUGACGACACCCUGGCCGAGCUCGAGUUGGAGUACCUCGACCUGUACCUCAUCCACUGGCCCGUCAACUUCGGCCCAGGCAAGGACCCGCACUCUGACCUGUUCCCCGCCAGCUCGGAUCCAAAUGAAGUCAACAUCGACAACUCGAUCCCCAACAGCGAGACAUGGAAGGCCGUGCACAAGCUGCCCAAGAGCAAGGCUCGUUCCACUGGUGUGUCCAACUUUACGUACCAGAACUUGAAGGCGCUGGUUGAGCAGACCAACCUCGUGCCCGCCGUCAACCAGAUCGAGCGCCACCCCAUCCUGCCCAGCAAGGAGCUCAUUGCCUACGCCAAGGAGAAGAACAUCCACAUCACCGCCUACUCUGCGUUCGGCAACAACUUCUUCGACAUCCCGCUGCUGAUCACGCGGCCGGAGGUCAAGGCGAUUGCCGAGAAGAAGGGCGUUACUCCCGCGCAGGUGAUUCUUGCGUGGAGCCAGGUCGGCGGCCACUCCGUCAUCCCCAAGUCCGUCACCCCGUCGCGCAUCAAGGAGAACUUCCAGGAGAUUGAGCUCAGCGAGGAGGAGGUCGCGGCUAUCCAGAAGUUCUCGGACGAGCACCAGGGCAGGAGGAGGUACAAUGUGCCAUACACAGCGAACAAACCCCGCUGGAGCAUUAACAUCUUUGACGAGCCCGAGGAGCGCGAGGCGCCCAACAAGGUCGUGUUGUAGAUUACCCACCUUGAAACUUAGAUACCUGUAGAUGAAUACCAGCA